CAACUCUUCACGUUCCAACUCACAACUAAGAAUCAAGCAUGUGUAAAGGCGCCGUGUGUGACAACUGCAGCAAGCGCACCUGGUUCGGCUGUGGUGCGCAUGUACCAUCGGUCAUGGACUCUAUACCUAAGAACGAAUGGUGUGAUUGCGAUCCCAAAACCGAGAAGAACGGCACAGAGUACCCUCCUAUGGGUGAGUUGAUCGUAUUGCUUAUGUUGAAUGAGCUGACAGAUGUCUUGCAGGUAGCAUGACUGGUGUAGCAAAAGCUAUGGCAGGAUACUAGUAGCAGUUCGAAUCACCUUGGAUCGAUCAAUUGGACAUUUUUUGGAAUUUCUCACAUGCUCGUCAUUCUCGAGGACCAUGAGCAAGGAUCUUUAAUUGGAUAAAUACUGUCAAGCUUGACGAACUUGACAACUUGGCAUCCAACAUUCCUUCCCGCCUUCUUUCUGCAGCUGUGACUUCAUUGCUCUUUACAUUGGCCUAGUUAUACCAGCCAUUUGAUUGUCAUGGUGUGAAAGCAGAUUCAUAUCUCCGCUGGGCUUGACGAUCUCACUCCCUUUGCUGACCACUAAUCCAUCGUUUGUGUAUUUCUAAACCACGAGACCCAUGCCGCAAGCUAUAUUAGCAAGUCAAGGCAAGUCAUCGGAGUUC